AUGGUACAUCACAUGAGGGUCGGUCCCGGAGUAUUCCCAGCGUUGAAGUCGGUUGGUGGGCAGUUUCUGGCUCAAGCUUAUGUGGUUACGAUGGUAUACAACUGCAGCAGGAUGCUCAGAUCGAGAAAUUCAAAUAUCUCUGGCCAUGAGACGAAGGAGAGCUUUCAAGACUUGCUCCCCUCCCAUAAAGCCUCGGAGACCCUCAUCCGCGGCAACUCGAAGUUUGUGUGCUUCUCACGGCAGUCUGAUGGCGGUGGCAUUUUGGCAGUGAUUCUUGCCACCCAAUUUGGCCGGCAACCCGACGAGAUGUUGCUGGCGGCUCACAAAGGAGGUAUCAUGGACUUCGAGUUCAGCCCCUUCGACGAUCACCUUCUGCUAAGCGCGAGCGAAGACAAAACUAUUUGUCUUUGGAAGCUCCCAAGCGAGGGGCUAAAGCCGCGCCUGAAGGAGCCAGAGCUAACGCUGCAAGGCCACGCGGGGAAGGUCUCCUUGAGCACAUUCAACCCCUGCGCAUCGAACGUCGUAGCCUCCACGGGCUUCGACUCGACGUGCAAAGUCUGGCAUCUUACAAGCCAAAAAGCAUGUUUCAGCAUCAAAGUUCCGGAUCGAACCAUGCACAUCAAGUGGAACUACACCGGUUCUUUGCUGGCCGUGACCUGCAAGGACAAAAAGCUCCACAUUGUCGACCCCAGGCAAAGCAAGAUGACGGCAGCUUGCAAAAUAUGCGAUGGCCCCAAGCCCACGAAGGUGGAGUGGCUUGGCAGCCCCAGUUGGGAGGAUGUCAACAUGUUUGUGACCACGGGCUUCUCCUUGCAUGGCCAGAGGCAAAUCCAUCUUUGGGACAUGAGAAAGCUGCCGGCAGAUGGCCGGGAGGGUGUGGUGGCCAUGUACUCCGAUUAUGUUGAUGACGAGUGCGGGGUUUUGUACCCAUACUUCGAUCCAGGCACGCAGAUACUGUACACUGCCGGCAAGGGCGACAGCAAGGUUUCAUUGUACGAGGUGACAAAUUCAGACCGAUGUCUCCUCCCGCUUCAGGCAUUCCAGACAGCUUCUCCGCAGAAGGGCUUCGAUUUUCUCCCAAAGCGGUGCGUGGACGUCAGCGUUCACGAGGUCAUGCGCGGCCUCAAGCUCAAAGCUACUUCCAUCCAGCCAGUGUCCUUCCGCGUCGAAUUGCAAAGCGAAGAUUUCCAGGAGGAUAUCUUCAUGUACUGCCCUGCUGGCAUUCCCAACAUGAACGCGGACCAGUGGGUUUCCGGCCAAGAUUGCACUCUUUAG